UCUGCUCUCUGUCUGCCUGUCUCUCUCCCAUUUGCUCAGUUUUUCUCCGAUCAGUCCUCUCUCUCUCUUUGUGCUCUGUGCUCUGACGUUGUCAUCUUCCCAUUCGCCGUUCAGAAAGCAGGGUUUUUCUUCUUCUUCUACUUCUUUUCGUUCGUUUCUUGUGGCCUUAGAGCUGCCGUUCUCCGCUUUCUCUGCCAUGGAGUUCACGUCUCCAGUGGCCCGAAGAACCCGUCUGCAGAAGGCAAAACUGGCGACGGCCUCCUCCUCAAGAGCCUCGAAGAAGAAGAAAGGAGGGACCAUUUCGUCGGAAACCAAGGUAACGAAAGCUUCUUCCUCUGCAGCAAAGAAAUCGAGAAAACCCGCUGGAGUAGUCCGUACCGGAAACAGAGGACAUCGUCCUCGUGUAGGUCGAAACCGGCUUGAGGACAGUGACUGCGAGGUCAUUUCCCUGGAAGAUACCGAUAGUGAUGAUGACGAUGGGUUGGACAUGGGGUUCGGCAGUGGGGGAAGUAGUGAUGUUCCUACCGGGGUGGUGCGUGAUCGGGAGAUGCUAGAUAGGAGGAGCGGGGAGAGCUAUAGUGUGAUCAGUCUUGGGUCGGGCUCCUCCGAUGAUGAGGAGGAGGGCCCUCUCGCAGAGGGCGAGGAGAGGCUUCUUGAAACUGGUUCGGGGUGGUGUGAGACCUCUCCUGAGAGUGAGGCUGAGGACAGUGAUGAUGAGGGUGAGGAGGAGGAGGAGGAGGUGGAGGAGAAAGAGGAGGAGGAUGAGGGAACAGAGAGUCAUCAUGAACUUUUUCAGUGGUGUGAAAUGGCUGGUGAAGAGAGGAAACGAGGAAGGCUCGAAGCUCGACUGAAGGAGAGUACUGGUGAUGAGGGAACAGACAGUCAUGGUGAAAUCGUUUGGCAGAGUGACAAGGCUGGUAAAAUGGGGAAACGAGGACGGCCGGGAGCUCAACUGAAAGAGAGUACUUAUGAUAAAGGAACAGAAAGUCUUGAUGAAAUUGUUUGUGAGGGUGAAAAGGCCGGUAAAGAGAGGAAACGAGGAAAGCCUAGAGCUCAACAGGAGGAGACUACUGGUUAUAAAGGAAGAGCAAAUCAUGACGAAAUUGCUUGCCAGUGUGAAAUGGCAUGUAAAAAGUGGAAACGAGGAAGGCCUAGAGCUCGACAGAAGGUGACUACUGGUAGUUCCUGCAAAUGUGGGCUGCGAUCUAAUGGUUCUCAUUUGAGCCGAGAGGUGGAGCUGGAUGAUGUGGAGGUGAUCAGUUUAGGAUCGAGUGACGAUGAUGAUACGGAUGACUUCCCUGAUGUGUUUGCUGGAGUACAGAUGCCUGGUCCAGUUGCAAGCCGCACCAGGUCCAAUGUGAGCCCGACAAUGAGCAUGAGAGGGGCCAUAGGAACAGGACGAGCUGCAUCUUCGAGCAGUGACUGGAAAUUGAGGGAGAAAAAAAUUGCAUAUGAUCCCCUGAGGAACGAGGCACUGAAGAUGAAGCUGGGAGGAGGUAAGAGGACAAGUGAAAGAUAUUCAGGAGCUUCCACUUAUUCUAUGAAGAAGAAUGGGGUGGAGAGGGACUCGGACAUUCUUAGCAGCAGCAAGGGACAUCCAGAGAAGAAAGUUCAUUCUACGAAGAAGAAAGGGGUGGAGGGGGACUCUGACGUUCUCAGCAGUAGCAUGGGACCUCCAAAGAAGGAGAAAACUGCUUCUGAUAUUCAGAAGUCUAAAAACUUGGGUGGAAAACCUGUGGAGAAAUCAAAAUACAAGGAGGAGAUGGAAUCCAUGUCGAACAUGAUGAACCUGGACUUCGAGGCUGCUAAGAAGAAUGGGUUGGAGAGGGACUCGGACAUUCUCAGCAGCAGCAAGAGACCUCCAGAGAAGCAAGUUCAUUCUACGAAGAUGAAAAGGGUGGAGAGGGACUCUGAGAUUCUCAGCAGUAGCAUGGCUCCAAAGAAGGGGAAAACUGCUUCUGAUAUUCACGAGACUGAGAACUCGGGUGGGAAACCUGUGGAGAAAUCAGAGUACAAGGAGGAGAUGGAAUCCAUGUCGAACAUGAUGAACCUGGAUCUGGAGGCUGCUGAGAAGAAUGGGGUGGAGAGGGACUCCGACAUUCUCUGCAGGGGCAUGGGACCUCCAAAGGAGGAGAAAACUGCUUCUGAUAUUCAUGAGUCCGAGAACUCAGGUGGGAAACCUGUGGAGAAAUCACAGUGCGACGAAAUGGAUGACAUUUGGAACGUGAUGAACCUUGGUCUCCAGGAUGAUCGGAUUGAUUCGUACUCUUCCCGGAAUAAGAAUAUCGAUGCAGACUAUACAGAGCUCAACACAUCUCAAGCUGCCCUCUGCCGCCAAGGGAAGCAUGACCUCUUUCUUGACGAGCAAAUUGGGCAGAGAUGCCGCCACUAGUCCCAUAUUGAGGUCGAGAUAGACGGCUGCUGCCCUCAUUUGUAAGUUCUUGAGCAUUUAAUUUGGACUAGUCCUUCCUCGAGAUCGUACAAAUAUCACAUAAAGUAACCACUUAGGACGAUACUGUAGGUGCUGUCGACGAGUUAAGGGCGAGGUUUCGGAUCCGUGGUGCUAAAGACAAGCAGAAAUUACUCGGGAUGAUACUACUCUCCAGGUUUUGGACAACAUGGAAAGAGAGAACUAGCAUUUGAUGGAGUUAAAUCUGCUGAUGUUAUUUUAAUUGAGAGGUGGAUUAGCGAUGUAUAUUUUUGGUGUAGUAGGAAUUUCACUUGGGAUCUCUACAUGUUUCCGGACAUGCUCAUGAAACUCUUGUAUUUAGUUAUGCACCUUCGGUACAUCUUAAUGAAAUCUUUUAUAUUUACCAAAAAA